CGUAUAUAUUCCGUUCGGUAAAAAAACGUUUCGCAGCAUAGCAAACGUUCAAGCGAACUGAACACACCCAUAACAUCGCGUCAUAGGUCAUGGUUCCGUUGUCAACAUCCGCGAGAACAGUGUCUAGUUGUUCCACGUAUUUUAUAUUUUAUCCUGUAAUACAGCGACAGAAAUGCCAACACUAUGUUCAGCAUACAACUGCAAAAAUAGAUGUCCGAAGGCUGGUGUAGGAUUUUUUAGCUUCCCUAAAAAUGAUCCCGAAAGACGAAAACGAUGGAUUAUUAAUAUGAAGUGGAAAGACUGGAAUCCGCAACGUCACCACCGUGUGUGCUCAGAUCAUUUUGAAGAAAAGUACAUUCGUCGGAUGAACAAACGUUUACACCUCGUGCCAGAUGCUGUCCCGACCAUAUUUGAUUUCCCAGAUAACAUUCAAAAGAAGAAGGCGUCCAUCCACCCACAGAGUAAAAGAGCUGGGAGGUUUUUGAAUGAUGAAAUGCCAGGAAAGUAUACUCCUGCCUCCACUGCGAAAAUGGCUAAAUCUUCCAUGACACUGAGCUGCCACAACACGUCAGAGGACAGCACACCGUCUAAACACUCUAAAGUUCCAGAAAAAGUGACCUCUUCAAGUUGGUAUAUCCACGUAGAUGAAGAAAUACAAAUGGCUGAAUCCCUCCCAGGAUUCUUCCACAGUGACUACUGUCUACCACACAGUAUUCGCUGGGCAUUCAAAGAUGAUGUUGCCCCAAAGGUAGCAUGUGAGAACAUGGACUUUCAACUUCCGCCCCUCAAGCAUGUAAUAGAGAUCACAGAAGCUUGGGAGUGGCUGGGUAUGGACAUUAGAGGGCCUCUGCCCUUGACACCUAACGGGCACCAGUACAUCCUGACCUUGACAGACUUCUACUCCAAAUGGGUUGAGGCCUUCCCCCUGAGGAGUUGUAGCUCCGUGGAUGUGGCACAGCAUGUGGCUGAAGUCAUCUCCCACUUUGGCUUCCCCUUUGGAAUCCUUGUUCGAUUGAAGAGGAAGUUUACCAGUAAGAUAAACCUUGCCUUGAACAGUCAGUUGAAGCUGAAAGGGUUCUCUCUCUUAUAUCGUCAUCGACAAGUUGGAUCACUGGAUCUGGCCACACAGACCUUACUCAGCAGGAUGGUUUCUGAUCUUCUGAAAGACCAACCAGAGAACUGGGACGUCUGCCUUCCUGCUAAGGUGUUUAGCCUGUGCUUCAAUGAGCAUCCAAAGACGAAGCAGAGGCCUUUCUCUCUGCUGUGUUGCAGAGGACCACAGCCGGUCCCCACCCCUAGGGAUCUGUCUUUCAGUCCUGCAGAGCUCAGAGAGACUUCCUUUGCAGUCCAGUCAAACGAAGAGGCUGGGAACAACAAUGACACGCAAGAAAUGGUUGGCAUUGAAUCUGGAAAGGGAAUUUCAGGAAAAAGCACAAUAACAAGGAUCUCCUUCCUUCGGAAAAACACUGACUGUAAUGCUGGCCCAGAUGAUCAAACCGACGCUGACUUUCAGGCUGAGGCCGGCCCGGAGUGUCAGGCUGAGGCCGGCCCGGAGUGUCAGGCUGAGGCCGGCCCGGAGUGUCAGGCUGAGGCCGGCCCGGAGUGUCAGGCUGAGGCCGGCCCGGAGUGUCAGGCUGAGGCCGGCCCGGAGUGUCAGGCUGAGGCCGGCCCGGAGUGUCAGGCUGAGGCCGGCCCACACUUUCCCCCGGAGGAUGGUCCGCACUUUCACGCGGAUGUUGGCCCAGACGGUGGCACGGAUGCCAUGGUUGGCAUUGAAACUGUAAGGAUCUCCUUACUUAGGAGUAACGCUGAUAGUUACAUUAACCCAAACGGUGGUCCUGACAGUCACCCCAACACCAACAGUAGCACUGAAAUUAACAGUGACAGUGAACCAUUGUCUGAAGAUCACCAUGCAAUGGAAGACUGAAGAAUGAAUUGGAUGAGCGCUCAGUUGUGCACAGUCCAGUUGACAUUUUUGAGAAUAAAUGACAUGUUUUUCAGACUGUGAUAUUUUUUAUGAGAAACACUUUCGAUUCAAUGUUUGUUUGACAUUGGAGGAGAACACAAGUCAGGAGUUUCACUAACUGGAUCUAUUCAGUAACAGCCAAAACAUACUGAAUUAGAUGGAUUAGUGACACUGACACAGCUUUCUGUUAAAAGUAUUUCUGUUUUACAUUGUAAACAUUGUUUUGUUGAGAGAAAUGUAUGCAUUCUAGCUGUAUUUAGAUUUACACUUUCUGUAAUCUUGACUACGGCGGAUAUGAAGAUUUGUUAUUAAUGUCUAGCUAUUUUCAUCACAUGUAUAGAAACCAUGGUUACAAUUGACAGUAUUCGGUAUGCCAGUAUUGUCAAAUAAAGGUUGGAAAUAGAAUAACUUUAA